CCUCGCACCCGCUUUCAACCAGUCACAUUUGUCCACUGGAUACCAUAGAAAGCUCGCCACUGUCUCCAUUGUCGUCUACCAUCUACGUGAGCUGUAGCUCGAACGAACCGAGGGAGGGCCUACCAGUUUGCAAUACCUCGUAACCCCCUGAAUUGCCAAAUGGGAAACACAGUUCACCUAAUGUAUAGUUCCUUCGCGAAUGCUGAUCUUGUGGAGUGUGUUCUGAGGUUUUUGCCUGACUUUCAAUGCCUUGCUUCAACAAUCUUGACCUCAAAGACCAUCUACAGCGUCUUUCAACAACAUUCUCGCUCGGUCGUUCACUCUGUAGCUUACAACUUGAUUGGACCAGCCCUACCACAAGCACUACGUUUUGUCCGAUGCCAAAAUAUGCAACUAUAUUCCAAGCCCGUUGGUGAACUCUUUGGCGAGGAUGAUAUCCAGAAAAACCCAGUGCUCUCCAAUCAGGACAUCACAAGCCUUAUGGUCAUUCCCAUGUCUGUUCAAGGGCUCGAAAGCCUGUUCAGCUGGAGAAUGAAAGACCGAACAUUUAAGACAAGCCAGCUCUCCUUGGCGGAGUCGACACGAUUCCAGAAAGUGAUGUACAGAUUGUCCUUGUUCUCGGCUGUCUACGGCCACAAUGCUUACGGGUCAGCUAUUGAUCCUGACUCGGAUGAAGAAGAAAUCGAUUUGGCACUCAAAGAAGCCUUUUCACUACGAAAAGGCUUCUUUAGAAGCUUUUCCACUCCUAAGCUGAGGGAUAUUCAACGAAUUGAAACUUUUUUGCGAGGAAUAAUCGCUCGCGCUGAGGGUUUUGACUUUACUAUGAUUCCACCUGCAACCCGUGAGCGCGAGCAUCGCCAUUCAAGCUCUACCCACUCAUGAAACUCACAUAGACAGCCCUGAGUCAUCAUUUGUGCUAUACUGUGCUCCCCACAACGUAAUUGAUGUGUAUAAGAGAGGGUUGGACUGCAUCAUUGAAUGGGAUCUCGACACCACUGUUUUGCAUCUGCAAAACCACUGAAAUGAACGCUUAAGUUACGCGCGUUACGGACGCUUACGAACGCUUACGACGUCACUAGCGAACUCAUGCGAUUGGUGGAGAUGUUGAAUGCCAAUAUUACUCACCAUAUCUGGUUGAUAAAACUCAAGCCCAGUUAUCUUCAGUUGAUAAGAUGUGAUUGCUUGGAUAUGCAAUAUGGUAGAUGUGAAUACAAUUGCCACAUGCUGAUCAAGCUACUAUCUAUACAAACUCGGUACUGAAUGCAUGAUAACUCUCCUUGUCC